AUGGACAGCGAAAACAACCACGAAAAGGCGGGCGAUGAUACCAUAGUCGAGGUCAAUACCCUGAUACUUGACUACAUGCUGUGUAUGGCCAUACACGAGGCUACAAGCGGCCAAGUACAAGACUGGGCGAUAUGGCUUGAAGACACGCAAAGAAUGCUGAAACUAGUGCUCCCGCCAGUUGAAACUCUCACACCAGACCUACGUAUCAAAACACAAGUAUUCGACAUAAUUAGGUUGUUCAUACAGACUGGAGACAUGUCUCGUACUGAGCCAACAACAUUAGCGGACAUGGCGACCGCCCUCGUGGCCACCUGCAAGAUCGAGAAUCGAACAACAACUAUACAGCACGCUGUCGACGCUGCGGUACAAAUCUGCGCACACGCGGCGUUGCAAGCGCGCCAUGACACAAACCACGACUCACCGGGAAACCGAAAGACAGAAAGACAAAGAGAUGAUGGCCCAGAGAACAAUCCCAUAUGCGUCCAUGACAGUGUCUCGACCAAGAAGUAUCUGGAAGCGUCUGGCCAAUCAGAGCGCGAUAAGGGUACCACGGAAGGGCUCUUUGGUGCGCUCCUCAACAUCAUGAUGUCACUGGAACCCCCAGUGCUCAUCCAGCUCGAGAAGGGAAAAUUGAACGGGCUCAGCCGAGCACAGACGGAAGAACUGAAGAUGAAAAUAGGGAUGUAUUAA